ACUCCGUUUGACGCGCGCGCGCGCUCUCUCGCUCGCACACAUGUUCACGCGCACCGGAACGCUUCGGAAGAACCGUACGUGGAACAAGACGUUUCCAAGUGUACUAGCCACAAAAGACGCCUUUUGCCUGCGUCGAUCUUUGAACGCAACAAUUUGGGUGGGCAUUUCGGAGCGGCGGACGUCGGUCGGGGAGUUUUUACGCGACGCGCAGGCCGAGGACGACGUCACGUUAGCGGCUUUUCAAGCAUCUCAGUGCGGAUCUUGCGAGAAUUUUGUACAGGAGACGCGCUGGGACUGUUUUGGAGAGUCCAAACAAAAGAAGGAAAAGAGGCAAAGAAGCGGAGCGCGCGGAAGAUAAAGUGGUAAAAAAUAAAGUGCAGGACUGGGAUGCGCCAAGAAUCAAAUAAGACUCGACUUUGCUCGUGUACUGACUCAAGUGUGAUGCAGCGAGAUGGAUUUAUUGACGGAACACUGACGCUCUUACUGAAAGUAUGACAGCCGCAGCCGGCGUGCUGACGGGCUUGGCCAAGCUGAAGCGGCAGGAUUCGGCCCGCUCUCAGCAGCGGCCCGCCGAGGAGGAGCGAGCGCCCAGAAAAGGAAAGCGGCGGCGGCGCACUGACGUGGUGGUGGUGCGCGGCCGCUUGCGCCUCUUCUCCGCUUCGGGCUUCUUCCUCCUGCUGGGCCUGCUCAUCCUGGCUGUCGGCGUCGCCAUGGCCACGCUGGGCUACUGGCCGCAAGCCUCGGGCCUAAGCGGCGGAGGACCGGAGGAGAGCGCCCCCGAGAGCUCCGGCCUAAGUCAAAAGACAGAAGGUCGGGGCGGCGGGCAGUGGCGAGGAGGCGCUCUGGCGCGCUUCCUGGAGCGGCACCGGCACUCGGAGAGGAUGAAGAUGUUCGGGCCCUUCACCAUGGGCAUCGGGAUUUUCAUCUUCAUCUGCGCCAAUGCCAUACUUCACGAGAACAGAGACCGGGAGACAAAGAUGAUCCACAUGAGAGACAUGUACUCCACCGUCAUCGACAUCCACAGCCUCCGCCAGAAGGCGCAGAAGCAGCACCGCCAUGACCCCGAGGACCACGAGCCCAGGGACCACGACCCGGUGGCCUUCUCCUCCUGGGCGGAGGAGGAGGAGGCGCUGCUGGCCAAAGAGGAGGAGGAGGAGGCCGGCAGGUGGCGGGCCAGGAUGCGGUGUAGCUUCGCGGCACCGCUCCAUAAGAACCGCUCUUCGCCCCAAAGAGGAGCGCACCGUGCCCGCUCCAUCGUCUCGUCUUCCAUCACGGCAUUCACGCUGCCCGUCAUCAAAGUCAACAACUGCGUCAUCGACGAGCCGGACGCGGAGGCCGUCCCGGAGGAGCCAGGACGAAGCGGGAGGGAUGAGGACAGGUCGCAACCGCCAGGCGUCGCCACACUGUCUCUGGCGGUCCCGUCGCCGUGCCUGGCCCGGGCCUUCAAAGCGUCGCGCUUGCACCGGAGUCACUCUACCUCCUCCGUGUACUCGACUUUGGGCUGCCUGCUUUCCCCCGGCGCGGCGCAGUCCGACUUUGGUUCCAACUCCUCUCUGCACAUGCUCGGCAGCCACACCGAAUCUUUGGACCUGGAGGGCCGGCCCGGCACGCUCGGCGUGCACGGCCAUCAGCGCAAGCACCCCAGCUGGCCUCGCUUGGACGGCAGCAGCUGGGGCUUCAAGGGCUACGCCCGGCUGGAGGGGGGCGAUGAGAUGAGGCCGGCGGCGGCGGCGCUUCUGCCACCGCCCGCCGUCGGGCGGGACUACAGCAAGCGAGAGAAGCUGUUUAUGAUAUCCCGUUCGCACAACAAUCUGAUGUUGGAGCGCCACGACACGAGCAGCAGGACCGUGAAGCGGGGCGGCUCAGAAACGCGCUUCGAAGACUGAGUGAGUCACCGUUAUAACGCACGCACGCACGCACGGCCGGACGGCCGGACAGCUGGCUCCAAAGGUGCUUCUGAAAACUCAACGCGUGCACAAGACGCUGGCGGCGACGGGCCAGCGUACGGAUGUCCAAAAUAACAAAGGUCAACAAUUAAAGAUGUUAAAUCAUCUGAAAUUAGAAAUCAUUUGGAAAAAGAAGCAAUCCAUUUGCCCACAAAGUUCAUUGAGGAUCUUUCCAAAGCUGGCAAAGAGUGGCGUUUCCUUCCGGCCGCUCGCCCUCGGGUAAAUGUCACGCCCGUGACGUCAUGCGAGAAACGUGUCGUUUGUUUAUGAAGCAAAAAAGAAGAAAAAAAAGCCACUGUCGGCAUGGCAACAAGCAUCACGGGCGACCCCCGCCGUCACUUGUGCUAAAACGGCCGAGGGGGGGGUUGCCAUGACAACUGGAGGAAGACGAAUUGAAGGGCCAUGGGAAAGUUCUCCAGACAAGACAACAAGAAAACAUCGAGCCAUAAAGCCGUAGACAUGGAAAUGAAUGCCUUCAAAGUCCAACGCUCCGCUCCGGAAGGCCAAAGUGUGUUUGUCCGGCGGGGUCGCUGAUCAAAAGCACCAUGCGGCCAAAAAGAAAGGCUUUGUUUUCACAUUGCGACCUUUGUACGGACGGGCCCGUGCGGCUAAUCUGCUUAGUGAAUCGCCAGAGUGCAAAAGAGCAAAGUUCACGUCAUCGACGACGGCACAGUGAGCGAGAGCGAGCCGAGCAACAACAACAACAAAAAGCCGCUCAAAUGACAGCUUGCGGUCUUUCCAAGGUCUUCAGCGCCAUAUUGUGACUUUGUGAUGGAGGUGCUGAGCGGGCCCUGGGCCGGCCUGGCUCUGUUUCUGAGGAAGGCAGUCACACAGACAGAUGGAGACGGGGAGACCACCGACAGCUUCCCAUCGCUGUGCCUCUUGGGCCUGUUCUUCUCCGUCUGCGUGCUCUUGUCGCAACUGGUGCUCUAUUUCCAUCAGAAGCUCAGCCAAGCGGAGCUUGAUCUAGCUGGGCUUUCACACGACGGACGCCAGCGCCAUCUCCAGGCCGCUCCGCCGCAGUGCACGCGAGGAGGAGGAGGAGGAGGAGGAGCGUCGGUGCGCAUGCGUACACCUGUGGAGCACAACUAGGGAAAGAAAAGCAUCCACCUCAAGAGGAUUACAAUGCUUUAUUUCAACACACCAAUUGACUUGAAGGGUUGUACGGGGGCAAUUAAGUGGCGAGAAAGGAACAAUCUUGGGAGCAAUGGGGCUGCGUGGAAAAAAUUGAAAAUAAAGCAGACUUUGACUAAAGCUGCUACAGCCCGUUUGGCUCUAUAGAUCUGGAUCACAUACAUUCCCAGGAAUGGACUUUGCAGCCAGCCCCACUGCUCCUUUUGCACCGAGUCAAAGAACAUAUUGUGUCAUUUUUAGUGGUUUUAAUCACCCCAUCCCCAAAAUAGGGAAACUGGGAGAGAAAGAAAGAAAGAAAGAAAAAGAAAGAAAGAAAAAGGGGUUCACUGAGGAAAUCAAAUGCGGGCAAAGCAAAACUACAGAUAGUCGUGACAUCAUAUGCAUCCAAAAGGUGAAAGUCUGGAAUGUCAUGGCAAAAGUGGUUUUAUAAGACUCCAUUUGCCUCAAAUAUUU